CACUUUUUAUUGGCCAGUAAUAAUAAUUGUUAAACAAUUAUAAAUUGUUAAUAAAUCAGUUAAUUAAAUUGUAUUAAACACAUUGUGAUUUGUGGUAUACCUAAAUUAUUGUAGACUUUUGUAAAUUUGGACGUGUCAAUGACCCUGGAGCUGACAAAGCCAGCUGUUUAUUUGUUUACAUAAUAGACAAAUGAUUGCAACAAGUGUGUGUGUGGUUGAACAUUAAAUGUGCCAAUGUAAUAAAUUGUAAUUAAUCAAAAACAAUUAUUAUUAUUAAAAUUGGAAGCUAAAAAAAUAAUUAAAUUGAUUUGUCACUUGAGCCAAAAUUAUUUUUGAAUAAAGUGAGUUGAUUUAAAUUUUCGUCAUGAGUCUAGUUGCAUAUGACAGUAGUGCAGAUGAUGUCAGUGAUGAAGAGCAAGACGUUUCAAUACCUGCAUCAUCAUCAACAUUGUUACUGAAUAAAAAUACAAGUUUAUUAGAGAAAAAAAAUAGAGAUCCUGUUAAAAUAACAGUGCCAUCACUUUCAGAUUUCAAAGAUGUAGAUGACGAAAUUGAAUUAAAAAAAAAUAAAAUACAACCAUCACAGAGAGGAACUGGUUUAUUUGCAUUAUUACCACCACCAAAAGGAGCACAAACACUGGCAAAUUUUAUACCUCAUGUAUUAAAAAAACAACAAACAACAACAACAACAGCAGCAAGUACCAACAAGAAAAUUAUUUCAUCAUCAGUCAGUUGUACAAAAAAAGUAACUGAUUCAUUGACAAAAUACAAUACAAAAUACGAUACAAAUUCUGAUGAUGAUGAUGAUAAUGAUGAUGAUAAUCAUCAGAACCAACAAUCAUUCUCAUCAACGAGUAAUCAAAAAAUUGAUUUUUUUUCAUUAAACAAAUCAAUUGCUUUACCAAUUACACCAGAAAUUGAAGCACAAAAUUUAUAUAAACCACCACCAUCACCACCAUCAUCAUCAUCAUCAGUAGUUGUCGAUGAUGAUGAAGUAAUAAAUGAAGCGAAAAAUAAAUCAACUCUUACAAGUAAUGUUGUUAAUCUUUCUAGAGAUGAAAUAAUAAUGAAAAAUAAAACUGAUAUUGGUCCAAAAUUACCAAUACCAGAACAAGAAUAUCAUGUUGAUGAACAAGGUAAUGUUGCAUUUGAUGAAAAAGCCAUUGAAUAUUUAUGUGGUAAACGUGGUGUUAAAAGAAAAGCUCAACUUAUUAAUUCAACAAAUAUCAUUGAUAUUAAUGGUGAAGAUAUUAAACCAGAUGAAAGAGAAUGGAUGGUAAAAGCUUUAACUGAAAAUCCAAUUCAAAGACCAAUUAAAAUUGGAUCUGGUCCUGGUGGACAAUCUAAAAAGAAACAUCAAAUAACAUAUUUAGCACAUCAAGCUAAAGCCAUGGAAGUUGAAUUACAAAAUCAAUGGGCAUCAAAUAGAAUUGCUAAAAAUCAAGCAAAAUCAAAAUAUGGUUUUUAAUUUUAUUAUUAAUUUUAUUUUUUUGUUCAACAACAGCUUUAGCUUGUCUAAUAUCUGGUGGUAAAUUUUGAUAAUAAU